CAGUUCAAGUCGGAUCUCCGGCGGGAGAGGUCUUGGUCGUCGCGCCGUGUUCCCCUUUCCUUCGUGGCCACCGGUGCGGUUCGGCUGGUGCGUGCGGUGCGUGUCGCGCGAGGUGUCAAGUGGCUCCUCGUCCCCGUCAGUGAGAAAGUACCGAGUGCGCGACACUCGGGGCCGCGUGUGCGUUUCGUGGGAGGCAGUGUGGUGGCCAAAGUGCACCAAAGUGCCGCGAGUGUGUUGCAAGUCGAGUUUACCAAAGUGCACCGUCGCGGAGCUCGAGCAGGGCAACGCUGCCUCGCUUCCUCGCCCAAUUGGAUACUUUUAUUGGAUUUCUCUCCCUCACCAGCUGCUCUUCUUAGUCGAGGAUGACGACGAGGAUGGCCAGGAUGUGAGGGACCGCCCAGCCACGCGCGGUGGACCGCCGACGACCAGCCGGGGCCACGCCCUGGCCGCGCAGAGGGCAUGAGGCCAGCCCCGCCCGCCCCCGCCGGGGCGCUGUACGCCCUGUACGCCGCGCUGGCGGUCUUGCUGGCCGUGUGCGCCGGGCCCAGCGACGCGGCCAAACCAGGACUAUGCGAGGUGGAGACCGGCCAGUCCAACAUCAUCCUGGACGUCGAAGAGAGCAGGGGACCUCAAAUCAACCAGCAGACCAGCCCCGCCGACCUGCCCGUGGUGGGCGACCCCUUCUCUGACAUCGCCCUGGACCUGGUGUUCCCCAAGGGGUCGCCCAUGUUCAUCCUCAACGGCAAGCGGCUGCAGCUGCUGCACCCGCUGGACAGGGACUCGUCCAACUUGUCGCACAUCGUCUUCCAGCUCAUCUGCACGGUGAAGGCCACGAAGAAGAAGCGCACCAUCCCCGUCAUCGUCAGGGUCUCGGACAUCAACGACAACGCGCCCCACUUCGUCAACCUGCCGUACGAGACCACCGUGUCCGAGCUUACGCCCGUGGGGACCACGAUCUUUCAGGGCGUGCAGGCCACGGACGCGGACGCGGGCGUCAACGGGCUCAUGGAGUACAUGGUGGUGCCCGGCGACGCCGCGGCCGUGACCGCCGCCCACCAGGCCCAGCCCCGCACGCACUACGCCGACGGCUACGGCUACUUCACCAUCAACCUGCCUCAUCAGGGCCAGGUCACCGUCAACCGGUCGCUGGACUACGAGCGCACGCAGCGCUACCUAGUCACCAUCAUGGCCACGGACCGCGCGCGCAACUCGUCCGAGAGGCUGUCGAGCAGCGCGACGCUCACCGUCAACGUCCGCGACGACGACGACCAGGACCCGAGCUUCAUCUACCAGGGCUGCAUGCUGCUGGACGGCGCCUGCAUCAACCCGGAGUACACGGCAUCGGUGCAGAGCGGCAGGCUGGCGGGCGUGCUGCACGUGUCGCCGGAGAAGAUCCAGGCCGUGGACAUGGACUCCAUCAACUCGCCCAUCGCCUACUCCUUCCUCAGCGGCUCGCCGGCCAGCUUCAGGGACUACUUCGAGAUCAACCCGCAGACGGGAGCCGUGCGGCAGACGCAGCCCGUCGACACCUCCGUCACCAAGAAGUUCCACCUCAUCAUCAAGGCCGCUGAGGUGUCCGAGGCCAAGAGGUUCGCGACCGCCAAGCUGGAGAUCACUGUGAAGCCCGUGGACGUGAACCCGCCGGAAAUCAUCGCCACGGCCACGGAGGGUUACGUGGAGGAGAACUCCCCGGUCGGCACGCAGAUCCUGGACGUGAACGGCAGGCCCAUCUCCUUCACCGUCACCGACGCCGACCUGGGCCCCGAGGACCCCAAGCCCACCUACACCUUCGAGCUGACGACCAACUUCUUCCGCAUCGAGAAGGGCGUGCUGGCGGUCAACGAGGAGGACCUGGACCGCGACCCGCCCAGCCCGGGCAAGUUCCGCUUCCAGGUGGUGGCGCGCGAGAAGGGCGGCAACGCCGCCAGCUCGCCGCUGUCGCUCACCGUCACCCUGACCGACGUCAACGACAACGCGCCGCGCCUGCCGAUGAUCCCGCCCGUGUCCGUGCAGGCCGGCGACGGCAAGAGGGAGGUCAUCAAGGUGGAGGCCACGGACAACGACGAGGGCGACAACGCCCUGGUCACGUACAGCAUCUACCACGUGUCCAACAACGGCCGCCUCAAGUUUGUCAUUGACCCCGACACCGGGCUGAUCGAGACCAUGGGGAAGCUCAACGCCGGCGAGCAGUACAGCAUCACGGUGCAGGCGACCGACACUGGCGGCCGGUCCAGCCAGACCAUCGUGGAGGUGAAGGUCGUCCCCGGGCCCAACACGCGCAGCCCCGUGUUCCAGCAGUCCGUCUACGAGGUGCAGGUCAGCGAGGGCGCCGCCAUCAACACCACGGUGGCCACCAUUACGGCCAAGGACCCCGAGGACGACCCCGUGUCCUACUCCAUCGUGAGCGGCAACGACCUGAGGCAGUUCGCCAUCGGCGACAAGACGGGGGUCAUCACCAUCAUCCGGAAACUGGACCGCGAGGACCUCACCAGAUACCAGCUGCUCAUCAAGGCCGAAGACACGGGUGGUCUGUCGAGCACGGCGACGGUCAACAUUAAGGUGACGGACAUCAACGACAAGAACCCCGAGUUCGUGGGGCUGCCCUACGUGUUCCGGGUGCGCGAGGGCGAGGCCAACCAGACGGUGGGCUCGGUGCACGCCAACGACGCGGACGAGGGCCAGAACGCCGUGGUGUACUACUCGGUGCCCGAGGACGUCCCCUUCGCCGUGGACACCAUGACCGGCGAGGUGCGCACCAAGGUGGCGCUGGACUACGAGAAGCAGAAGGAGUACCGCUUCGUCGUGACGGCCAGGGACGGCGCCCCGGAUCCCCGCCUCGCCACCGCUACCGUCACCGUCGAGGUCAUGGACGUGGAGGACGAGCUGCCGGUCUUCAAGCAGCUCACUUACGACGUCCACGUGCCGGAGAACGUGCCGGACCACGUCGUCGCGCAGGUGCGUGCGGAGGACCCGGACACCGUGAAGCGCGUCACGUACGUGAUCCGCCAGGGCCCCACGGACCUGUUCGCCAUCGACGCCAAGACGGGCGUGAUCCGCACGACGCGGGGCCUGGACUACGAGCGCGAGAGCCAGUACAUCCUGGUGGUGGGCACGCAGGAGAACCCGGGCAGCGGCGCCGGGGCCACGACCCGCGUCGUGGUCAACGUGGACGACCGCAACGACAUCCCGCCAGUGUUCACGGCCGUGGCGCGGCCCGUCACGCUCGAGGACGACGUGAGCAUCGGCACGCGCGUGACCACGCUCACGGCCACGGACUCGGACGGCACGGCCCCGGGCAACAAGGUGCGCUACGAGCUGAUCGGCCGCGGCAAGGCCAGCAAGUACUUCACCGUGGACUCGGACUCGGGCGUGCUGAGCGUGCGCGACGACCUGCGCAAGGAGGCGGACCAGAGCUACCAGGUGGACGUCAAGGCCUACGACCUGGGUGAGCCGCAGCUGUCGUCCGUCAUGUCCGUGCCCGUGUUCGUGCGCCACACCGCCACCGUGGCGCCGGAGACGGGGCUGGGCUUCGCGGAGGACGCGUACACCGUCGAGGUCCCCGAGAACGCCACGGCCGGCACGCUCGUCAAGACCCUCACCAUCGUCAACAGCAAGGCGCAUCGCACCGCGCCCGCGCCACUGCACUGCAGCAUCGUCAGCGGCAACGACGGAGGACUCUUCUAUGUGAACGUGACGGAGGAGCGCAACUGCGAGCUGCGGGUGAGCGGCGCGGCGCCGCUGGACAGCGAGCAGCGCGCCCAGUACCUGCUGACGGUGCAGCUGGACACGCUGCCGGGGCUGGUGAACCCCGCCCAGGCCACGACUCGCAUCAAGGUGCAAGUCGAGGACCUCAACGACAACGUGCCCACCUUCGUGUUCCCGGCGAGCGGGCUGGAGGCGGCCACGGGUCGCUACUUCGGCGCCGUGCCGCAGGACGCGCAGAUCGGCACGUCGGUGCUGCAGGUCAAGGCGGAGGACGGCGACGGUGGCCGCUUUGGCCGCGUGCAGUACGCCUUGGUGGACGCGGCGGCCACCGACACGGACAACGACGUGGCCAGCGACGGCGGCAGCGACAGCGACUUCUUCGCGCUGGACGCGGACACGGGCGUGCUCAAGACGAAGCGCUCCCUGGAGGAGGUGCCGCCGCAGCGGCUGCCCUUCCGCCUGGCCGUCGAGGCGCGCGACAACCCGGGCGGGGUCGGCGGCUCGAACGCGGCCCGAGCGCAGGUCAUCGUCAACAUCGUGACGCCCAGCAACCUGCUGGUGCUGGUGCUGCAGGACGUGCGGCCGGAGCGGGUGCAGGGCGAGGCGCAGCGGCUCGUCGCCAUCCUGGAGCAGCACUCCGGGCUCGUGGUGGGCGUGGACAGGCUGACGGCGCGCCACUACCUGGCCGACAACGCCACGCUGCAGACGGACUCGAGCGGCACGGACGUGUGGUUCUACGCCGUGGACCCCGUGACGGGCCGCAUCCUGGAGCGCAACAGCACGCGCGUGCAGCGGUCCGUGCUGGAGAAGCAGGCCGUGUCCAACAUCACGCUGGACGUGUCGGCCAACCUGCAGGCCACGGCCACCGCCAUCCACGAGCCCUACGUGGUGGCGAGGGCCAAGACGGCCGUGGCCGUGUCGUGGGAGGUCUUCCCCUACGCGCUCAUCGUCAUCGCCUGCGUCAUCCUGGUACUGGGCGUCGUGGGCAUCGUCUACAUAUGCGUGUCUUGGUCCAGGUACAAGGCGUACAAGGAGAGAAUGCAGAGGAUGUAUGUGGUGCCAAGAUAUGACCCAGUUUUUGUGGAACCGAACUUGAAGGAAUACGAGACUCAGGUUCUGCAGAUGAGUGUACCUCUUGAUGAUAAUGACAGCUAUAAUGACCUGCAGCUAGACUUUAGUCAAAAAAAUCAUGCUUUUAGUAUGGACAAUGUAAGCUAUAUUACAAAAGAAAAUCAUGCUGACAGUAUAGGCCAGCAAAGUCCAGUCAGCUCAGAUGCAGCUACGACAGCGCGAGCUUCCAGUAUAGUAGGUGGAGUCGAAACACUGCGAAGGCGAGAGAUGAAGCCCAAUAACUUAACUGGUCACGACCCACCCAGCAACAAUCAUCAUUACGACAGAUCACAAGAAGAAAAUAAUGUAGGCCACCUUAAUGCAAGUGCCACCAAUGAAAAUGUACUGUUUUGUGAGAAGAAAGACUAUUCCCAUCUAGGGGGCUUCACAUACAUUAAUGACUGCAACAGUAUUGAAACAACCACUGAGCUUUAGAGAAGCGAAAUAUGGUGCCAGAAAAAGAUCUUGCUUUAGAUUUUUGUAGACAAUUUUUCCCCCAUUUCAUGCAAUAAUGCGGAAAAUCAAAAUGUUGCUUUGGCUGUCACUCGAUGGCCAUGAAUACUGAUGCAUGGAGAUAUCUCCUCUUAGUCAUUCAUUGUUUAUAAUAAGCUAAUUAUUAAUAUUAUCAUAACUAUUUUUUAGUUUUGAUAAGAUUUAUGUGACAUAUGUGUUGAGAGUUGACUUUAUUCUGAGUUUGUGAAAAGUAGUGCCAAUCCAUCCGUCCUGCUAUCAAUGAUGGAAGUUCAAAGUGAGCGGUAUAAUCAGGUAUGAUUUAGGUUUAACUUGGAGAGCCUUAGCCCUUAAAAGGUUUAUUUAUUUAUUUUGCCUAAAAAUCUUUCUGAGAAGAAAAUUUAUUCAGGUGUCUUUGUUAGAUGACAUUUAUUUUGAAAUAUUCCAAAACUCUCUUAUCCUUACCUAUCCCCACUUUCAUCCUGGACUUCAUGCAAGAACUUUGAUCCUUAUGAAACCAUUCCGGAUUAUGAAAUUGCUUAAAUUUUAGAUGUGUCUACACUUAUGAAGCCAAAUGAACAUGUGUACUUAAUAGCUUAAGAACUGAAUCGCAAGUGUCAUUCAGCUGGUGUCAUUAUGCUGAUGUUGUGAUAUUCCAGGACGUUUGGUACCAAUAUUUUUAAAGAAAAAUAUUUGUUUCUUACCAUUUGACCAUGAUGCUCAAUCUAAAGACCAUAUCGUAUUUCAUAUGGUUUCUACAUAAUACUUUUUUCAAAAUUAAAAUUGAAGCAGAAUAAGCAUAAGACUGCAGAGCGAGUAUGAAGGUUUGUAUUACUGGUUGUGCAAAAUUAUUUUUCAAUGGACAAUAAGCUGCAUGUACCAGAAAGUUAGUAUGUUUUGACACAUUAUGUCUUUUAGCCCACUGCUCAAUUGUCAAAGUAAGAAUGUAUAAAACUAAAUAUGUUGUAAAUUUUUAGUCUGUUUAUCUGCAAACAUUCUUAACUGUGUGAAUGUGUGUUAGUGAUUUGUUAUAAAUUUGUAAGUUAUACAUACAAUUGUACAUAAUGAUAGACCUAAUUAAGUGCAGUGAUUUUGUACAUAAGAUUAAAAGCAAUGAAUUUCUA